CAUUGUUUAUUAUCGCGUGUUGAUGAAAUUUCGCGGUUAAAAAACAUGUAUUGAAGAUGUCUACUUUUAAAGAUUUGUUCCAAGAGAAACUUAAGAAUUGUGUAGUAAAUGAAGCGGACAAAACUAUUUCGGGUUACUUGGACACUGAAGAAUCAUAUGCAAAUUUUUCUGAUGCUUUAAAGAAUUUAGGAUAUAUAUAUUCAAUUCGAUGCAGUUAUGCUUAUAGCCCUAAAUUGUGUAUUGAGCGGUAGGAUGCUUCGGAGAAGAAAAUUCGUUUCAACGUUAUAUAUCUCUGUUUGCGAAAUUCUUGUGCUGUGUGAGUUUUGUAUGCUGAAUCUACACACUUCAAACUUUUUUUUCUUCAAAUACUUAUGUCUAGAUGAAAAGUUGAGAACCUUUUUCCAAAACAAGUCUGGGAAAUUGACACAAAUUCCUGAAAUAGAAUUCUUUGGGGCCCCAUUCACGAUUGAAAAAGUGUCCCAUUUGGAGUGCUCCAGGGGCCCCAAGUAUUACCCAUCCAAACAGACUGUUCGAUCGCCUGAUGACCCAAAACCAAAGAGGAAGAGAACCUUAACCAUGAGCACAAAGAAACUCGAGUGCCCUGCGAUAAUGGUUGUCAGGUGUGUCAGAGUCUACCCUGAGUUCUCUUCUACAGGCUCUAGGUGGAACAAACUAGAGAUGGCACGGAAACUCAAAGUAGCAUUGAAAGACAAGUCUUCUUUAAUCAGCUACCUUCGCUUCUACAUAAAAGCCAGUUCUGCAGAGAGUCAUAACCAUCCCAUAACAACGAAAGCCAGUGGUGCGGAGAGUAACAAACAUUCCAAAACAAAGUCACGGCGCCGCCAACAAAAAAUUCAUCCAGAACUUGUAACCGAAAUAGAAAGGCUAGUAGAACAAGGAAUCACGGCCACUAGGGAUGUGAAAUUGAUAGUGGAUCAAUAUGUGCAAAGUAAAUUUCAUGGUGGCAAUAUACCAAAAAAACCUAGUAAAGCCUUUUCCCCGGAAGAAUCUGUAGUCAACGCCCAUGUGUACAGUGCAAUCUUCUCACGUAAAAGAGACCGGAUUGAUCAAGAGGCACUGCAGCAAACCAUAAAUGAAUGGAAAAUUCAAAACAGUGAUGAUCUUUUUUUUUACAGGCCCUAUGAAGAUGUUUCUGAUGGUGAGGUAUCAACUUUAUUGUUUUGUCACCAAACAAAGUGGCAACAGAAGUUGCUGUUGAGGUAUGGAAGAGUGUGUCUGCUAGAUGCAGCUUACAAAACAAUGAAAUAUGCUUUGCCACUGUUCUUUUUAGCAGUGAACACCAAUGUUGGUUACACUGUUGUUGGUACUUUUGUGGUGCAUUCUGAAAGCACUGCACUAAUCUCAGAAGCUUUGAAUGUAUUCAAGACUCAGCUUCCGGAAUGGCAACCAGAAUUCUGGAUGACCGAUUCCAGUGAUAUGGAAAUAAGUGCAGUGGAAACCACGUUUCCGGGAAGCACCGUGUAUUUGAGUGCAUUCCACAGAGAGCAGGCCUGGUUGAGGUGGGUCAAAGAGAGGGGCAAUGUUACAUCUGAUGCAGAAGAGAUUCUAAGUAUGUGGCGCAUUAUUGCAGCUUCGACAGACAAGAAUGAGUUAGACUACAAUGUAGGAAAAAUGAACGCCAGUCACAUCAUGCAACAAAAUCCUAAUGCAGCCCACUAUUUUGCUACCCAUUGGCUACCCGAUGUGCCCAGGUGGGUACAAGCCUUCAUUGAAAAAGAUUUUGAGACAAUAGUUCGUAUCAACAAUGGUAUUGAAAGUCAAAAUAAAAUGUUGAAGCAUGCUGUUCUCUGCCACAACUCUGACAAAUCCCUUACUAGAAUGCUCAAGACAGUAAUAAACAGCUAUUUGCCAGAUAAUUACAGAAACUACUGCUACAAGAAUUCUUCCUUCAAUAUAUUCAAUUCUGAUAUACCAUCAUAUCUGCUAAACCGUCCCCAACACUUCAUAAAACACAUUCUCACAAGAAUAAGUGCUGCUCGAUCUGACUUCUGUGAGGAAUUUAUUACAGAAGUUUCUGAGGGUAUUUUUGCUGUUCAAAGUUCUACAGAUAAAACAAAAUUUUACUAUGUUGAUUUCAAUGAUGCUUCCUGUAGUUGCAUUGACUUCGUGACUUUUAGAUUUCCUUGUAAACACAUGUGUGCAAUAUUUGAAUUUUUGCCCAGUUGGAGUUUUCUUCAGCUGAACUCUGCGUACAUCAACAGUCCGUACAUCACGCUGGAUUCGGAUCAUGACUACUUCACCGUGACAGGAGUCAUAAAUCCUUCAGCAACAUCCUCGACCUUCAAAAAUGAUUGGUCUGAUAAAACUCAACCAAUGUGUACGAUGACUGAAGAACAUGGCUUAGAAGUUUUAACCAGUCAACAAACUACAACUUGGGAUACCUGCAACCUGAUUGAAGGACAGACUGUGGAAGUGUCAACCAGUGAAGCAUCACCAGAUUGUAGCAUCUUGUCAGCACAGCAACGUUUUCGAAAUGCAAACAAAAGGUUAAUUGAUAUUUCGUACCUGUUUAAAGAUGAACAAUUUCUAAAUGAAAAAACAACACUUCUAUUUGAAAUGCAUAAACAUAUGGAAGAGAAAAUUAAAAAAUGCACUGUGUUACCUCUCAAAAACUCAGUUUCACCACAAACUUCACAGCCAGCAUUAAAGAAAAUAAAGGCAAAGUACAGGAUGCUGCCCUAGCGCAGGAACUGUAGGCAACGUUGCUCCACUUCUACUGACCUGUAGAUUACUCUGUGGCAAUGCAGCUCACGAUGAAGGACCACUGCACCUUAGAGGCACAGACUGAUUCAUCAUUCAUGGCUGUUUCCUCGGGUAGUGCCAUCGUCGGCUCUGCGCCUCUGUGUCCGGCAAUGCUACAUGUAUGAUGUGCACCUACGCCCGAUUCACAACUAGAACAAGUAUCCUCAACUGAGUGUUGAGUUAACCUUUUACGUACGGCGCCUCAAGCAGAGACAAACCAACACCGUCUUGUCGAGACAGCUGGGUGUUUCCUGCGUCCUGGUUCACAGCUAUGUGUAACCCAACUCAUUUUCGUCAAAACCAAAGAUCUCAAAAACAAUAUAACCAUAUGAAAGUGAAAAGGAUGUUAAGUUUUUACUAUUAGUAUUAUAUUAAAUGAUUAAUAAUAUUACUUGUUUUUAGAUUUGUAUAUACUGUUGUCUAAGUAUUUUAAAUUUUGUGUUCAAUGAAAA